AUGCGCAUGCAAAACGCCGAUCAAAACGCCGAUCAGCACGACUCGCUCACCUGCCUGCUCGUGCUCCCUGCACCCGUGACCGCGCUCGUCCUCAGCGCCGCUCCGCGACCCGUGGACGGCGUCCGCUUUGUCGAUGGCGUGAGCCUCGGGCCAGAGGCGGCCGCGCGUGCCGACAGCGUCGUGCUCCACCGAUCGAACUACGACGCGUCGGUCGGCGGCGACGCGGCCGCCGAGGCACGGCUCGCGCUCGUGCGCCGCCUCUCGGCGCAGCUCCCGCUGAUUGGCUCUCUCGAGCGAGUCCUGCUCUUUGCCGACCGGGCGGCGCUCGCCACCCGGCUCGCCGCGCUCGCGCCAUCGCCGCACACGCGCCAGCCCCGCUUCGCCAUCGCCAGGGAGGGCGACGACGCGGCCGCGGUCGCCGCGCGAUCCGGGCUCGAGCCACCCCUCGUGUGCAAGCCCCUCCUCGCGUGCGGCGCGGCGAGGUCGCACGAUCUCGCGGUGGUGCUGCGGCUGGAGGGGCUGGCGGAGCUGGCGCUGCCGCUGCUGCUGCAGGCCUACGUGCCGCACGGCGCCUCCCUGCUCAAGGCGUGCUGCGUCGGAGACACGACGCACUGCGAGCUGCGCCCGUCGCUGCCGGACCUCCGCCUCGGCGCUCCACCGCCCGCGGGCUGCCCGACCCUCGUGCGCUUCAACACGCAGCGGCCGCCACCGCCCGCCGAGCUCUUCGGCGCCGCCGCCGCACCCGCGGCCAGCGGCGCCGCCGCCGCGGCCUCUGCUCGACAGCCCGAGGCGGCGCAGCUGGCGGCCAGCUUGGCGAGGGAGCUCGGCGUCGCGCUGCUCGGGGUGGACCUGAUCGCGCCGCUGGGAGGCGGAGCCCUGCUCGUCAUCGACGUCAACUACAUGCCCGCCACGAGCCUCAAGCUCGCCGGCAGCGGACGCGCGCUCGCCACCCUCGCGCGGAAGACGCUCGAAGAGGCUGCGGGUGAUCGCGGUCGCAGCGCAGAGCGAACCACCGCCGAGCAGCGUACACGGGCGUCAUCAGAGUGGUGGGCUGGAGCGGUGUGGUGCGGCGUGGCGAUGGUUGCCCGCAAGAAGGCUGGCGAGGAUGACGCGCGCCAAGUCGUCCACCAGAUGUGCCUACGCUCGCUCAAGCGGACCUACGGCAUGUACCUCAGCAACUACGGGCAGCGGCCGCCGCCGCUCGAGUCGGGGCGCGCUCACAUGCGUGCGCUCAAGCUGGCGGCCAAGGUGGCGGGCGAGUACAGCAUGGUGAAGGACAUGCCUCCGCCCGGCAGCGGGGCCGGACCUGGUGCCGCCGUCACCAAGCUGCUCACAAACGGCGCGGCGGGCGGCGCAAACGGCGGCGCGUCGGGCGGCGCGGCGGGCGGCGCGUCGGGCGGCGCGGCGGGCAGCGGGAAGCUGAUGCUGACGGGGCCGGGGGCGGGCAGCAGCGCUGGCGGCGCCGUCGUCGCGCCGAGCAGCAGCGGCGGCAGCAGCGCGGUGCCGCCGGGCAGCACGCGGCUGGUUCCCCGUCGGCGGGAGGCGAGGCAUGACCUGCCGAAGCCGGAGUGGCACGCGCCGUGGAAGCUGAUGCGCGUCAUCUCCGGCCACCUCGGCUGGGUGCGUUGCGUCGCCGUCGACCCGACCAACCAGUGGUAUGCGACUGGCUCUGCGGACCGGACAAUCAAGGUUUGGGACCUGGCGUCGGGGACGCUGAAGCUGACGCUGACGGGGCACAUCUCGACGAUCCGAGGGCUGGCCGUGUGCGCUGCUGGGACCUGGAGCCACCUCAGCGGCGUCUACUCCCUCUCCCUCCACCCCACCCUCGACCUGCUCUGCACGGGAGGGCGCGACUCCGUCGUCCGCGUCUGGGACAUCCGCACAAAGGCAAACGUGCACACGCUGACGGGGCACAACCAGACUGACAACGUGAUGGUUGCUGGCGGCGACAACGGCAAGCUCCACCUGUACGACUGGAAGACGGGCCGCCACUCCCCAGACGCCGACGACGGAACGACGAAUCACAACUCACCUCCCCAGGACGUCGCGCAGCCGGGCUCGCUCGAGUCCGAGCGCGGGAUCUACUGCGCCGCCUUCGACCAGUCCGGCUCGCGCCUCAUCACCGGCGAGGCGGACAAGACGGUCAAGAUCUGGAAGGAGGACCCCGAGGCGACGGCAGAGACGCACCCUGUCAACUACGAGCCGCCCCGCGAGCGGAAGCGCUACUGA